GCUGCCAUUGUUAACAGAGUCUUCUUCUUCAAUAACCAUAGCCGAAACUUCACUGUACUCUCAACAUUUAGCUUCGAAGUUGUUCCAAGAUGAUGGGUUUAUUGCGUGCUGUGGCUAAAUCGAACCGUUCGAUUCAAACGAGUAUUCAAAAUCAAGGGCUGACAUUGCCUCUCUGCAGACAGUUUUCGACCCAAAUGGAAACACCCCAGAAGGACAAUUCAUCUGAUCCAUUCCUCCGAAACCCAUCUUCUGGUUUGGUUUAUGGGAGACUUUUUGUCACUGGGAAGCAUACAAGGAAGAGUGACAUUCUUAACAUGUUAGGGAGUUCUAGAUUGAGCCCAGAUGACGUUAGAUUUGAGUACAACAUGAACUAUGCUCCAGUUUCAGUGAUGAUUCAGUUCCCUACUCGAAAUUCUUAUGAGGCUACACUUAGGGAAGGAAAUCGGAAGGGUGGCUUAUUCAGAAUGGAGAGGGUUGGUCGUCAACAGUGGGACACUUUGCCACGCUAUGAUGGAAAAACUAUUUUAUUGGUAGGGGUCCCUCGAAAUGCAGUGGCCGAAGAUGUGGAACGUUUCCUUGCUGGUUGCCAGUAUGAUGCAUCAGCAAUCCAAAUGUUCGGCAGACCACAACGAGCUUCUGAUAGACCACCAACUAGAACAGUCUUUGUGGAGUUUCCCUCGCAGGCUAAGGCAACACAUGCAUUUAUUACGAAGAACAGAGGCUUCUGUCUUAAUAACCAAAUUACAGUGCGACUUCUUCAGUAAUCUCAUCCAUCUCCAAGAUAAUCUAUGUUUUGUUUCCCUGUUGGCGAUCUUCAAUUGCUAGGAUGUCGAUGAUGAUUUGGAAUGCUUGGAUUGUGUACCUUCUUGUCCAGGCUUCAAUCCUUCCAUCAGAGAACUAUUUUCAUUUACGGUAGGAAAAGCUGAGAUGAAAGUCCAAAUAAUAUAACCUUAUCAAUAUUUUGAAUGACAUUGUUUUGCGUCCAAGGAGGGACCAAAAAGGAGAUGUUCUUAGCUU